AUGCUUGCUGGACGAAAUCGAAAUCACGUCGCACUCAACGUAUCGGACGAGCUGUUUGGGGGAAUCUCGGCCUUUACUACUAGUGUACGCUGUGCCACGAGACGGCAACUGAACAUCACUGCUGAAAUAAAUCCUUCAAAAUGCUGUCCAGACAUCACUCAUUACGAGUUCUUGCCACAACCGACCACUGAUCUCAGAGAAUUGUCACACCUGGUAUCCGGACGCGACCCAACCUCUAACAACCUGUCGUUGCUCAAGCUCUGGCAUGAAGCAGAAACGCCGCUGACUCAACACCGGCCGCGGUCGGCCGAAAGACGAACAGUGCCCGUCCCUCGAUUCUGCAGAAAGGAGGAGAACUUCGCAGAUGACGAUGUCGAUUCAAUGCUCAAGAUCAUCCUAUGGUCUCUCUCAUACAACGCUGCGCCCAUCAUGCUAGCGCGAUGUGACCAUGCCUCGAAGCACCUCGGUGAUGCAAAUCGCCUAUCCCUCCCGCCACGUACGCUUCCCCUGUUUAUCGGCGACGUCUUGCGCCUGUGGCGGGGAGAGAAGAUGGUGGUGUGGACUACGUUAUACAUUCUUGACAAACUCAGAGAGCCUGGACCCGGGGAACCUGGCCAGGGUUCUGAGGCCGUUCCUCCGGAUGGAUUGCACUCAUUGUUUCUCGCCGCCUUCUUAAUCGCCAUGAAAUUCUUAUGCGACGACGCGGAUGUGGGAUUGUUUCGAAAAUUGGAAUCCUUUAUGCCUUCAUAUAGGACUCUCGACGAAUCGGAGUUGCAAGUGUGCGUGACGUUACGCUGGCUCUUCGAUAUCCACCCUCAGAAGCUCGAUGUCUUCAAACAGAAAUUGGAACAGGACUUUGCUCACGUCUCGCGUCUUCCCUCUCUCAAUGGCUAUCUCCAGCCCCGUCCUGACUCUUCGUCAUGCGAUAGUGAGCCGUGGUUAUCUAUGGACAAUGUCGGAGGAUGUCUUGUCAAAUCUGACUUGAUGGAUGCGCAUCGGUCUUGGGAAACAAUCGAGCAGGAUAUGCAAGCUUCCUUGGAUCGAACUACUUCUGAAUCGCUAUCUUCGAUUAGGUCAAGCAGACGACGGAGUGGUGCCUGGAUACUAGAUGCCCCACCCGGUGGCGAUAUUGCGGGUCCUUUCUCCUCGGUGAUCGAUCCUGUCAUCCCAGAUCUGCCCCCAGGUUGGAUGCAUCCACUGGUGCCUGCGAUAGAGUUUUCUGCUCUCCAGCUAGCUGAGGCGAGCUCAAGCGUGUCGCGAGUCCAUGAACCUCCACGUAAAGUUGGCAUGGAACGCGGAGAGCCACCUCGAAGUUACACAUCGACAGGCAUGCGGCGCACAAGCCUCCCGCUCACGCAGAAUGAGAUUUCAGGCAUAACUCAGCAACUUCACACGCUGGAGGCUAAAUCCCCUGGCUGUCGUCCAUUAGAUGCUUUGAUCAUCUCCCCUUCUCUAGAGUCUUCCCCAGUUAUACCGCCUAUAUUUAGCGAUCGAUCAUAUCCCCCUGGCAUACGCAUGAAAGACAAUGCAUCAAUCACCUCUCGCGCCUCGCCUAAAACGAUAACGGCAGAUGGUCAAGUGGUUCAUGAACUGCGAAGGGAGGCACCGCGAAUGGUCCCGAGCAGACGCAUUGCGUCACCUGGGUCAUUUCAUGCCCCAAUUCGCUCUCCGGGACCGCAGCAUACUGAAGCAACACCUAUUGUCCCUCCUAAAUAUCAAACAACACCGCCUGUAAUCCCCCCCAGAUACCCACCAAUGACUCCGCCGGUUAUUCCACCUAGACGCUCUGGCAUUUCAUAUGCUCGCUGA